UUAGGAAUUACAUAGUUAAUGUAGAAAUAAGAUUAAAACUGAAUAAUGAAAUUCAACAUUGCUGUGCUUUCCAUCAUUUUGUUUUUAUGUCUUCAAGGUGAAUUGGUCACAUCAAUGAGCAAACACGUUUCAUAUUUUGAACAUUUAAAAUAUGAUGUAAAAAACUUGGCUUAUCAACAUGAACGAACACGGCGUUCAGUGUCAUCUUCAACAAAACCUGUCAAACUCAAGUUCCAAGCUCAUGGCAGGAAUUUUGACAUUCAUCUUCAUCAAGACCGCACAAUAUUUCGACCAAACUUAAUAAUCGUUGAUGAGAAUAAUGAUAAAGUAGAUGUGAAUGUAUCACAUGUAUACCAUGGUGUCUUAUACGGGCAGCGUGAGAGUUAUGUGCAUGGUAGUAUAAUAAGUGGCAUAUUCCGUGGGGUGAUACAUGAACCAAAUGUUGGCAAGUUUUAUGUUGAAGAAACUCAUCAGUUCUUUGGUGGAAGUCAAGGACAAUCUCCCGUGGCAGGAUACAACGGUCACUCAGUUAUCUACCAUGAGAAUGAUGUGAUCCAUCCAAAAAAACAUUCCCACCACCAUUGCGGUGCUUCACAACCAAAGGUGGCAGAUUGGAUGAAGAGUUAUCAAAAUUCAUCUAUUUCUGAGCCUGUAGUCACACGUCAUCGUAGACGAAGAGCAGUUGAUCCAACGAAAACUACCUGUCUACUUUAUAUUCAAACUGAUCAUAUCUUGUAUGAAGAAUAUAAUUCGCGUGAUGUUAUUGUGAGUAAAAUAGCCGAACACGUAAAAGCUGUCAAUCAGAUUUAUACUAGAACACUCUUCACCACGUCAACCAAUGAAAGGAUCCGAGAUAUUAAUUUUAUGGUUCAAAGAAUUCGGAUUAACAGAACAUCAGCUGCUGAUGAUCCUUUCAAAAGUCGUAACAUUGGAGUGGAAAAGUUUUUAGACAUAGCGUCGCUUGCAAAUCAUAAUGAUUAUUGCCUUGCUUACGUUUUCACCAACCGUGAUUUUGAUAAUGGAGUGUUGGGAUUAGCUUGGGUGGGAUCUCCUACUGGUACAAGUGGUGGAAUAUGUGAAAAGUAUCGAACAUACACGGAUCGCUCAGCAAAAUCACUUAACACAGGAAUCGUUACUUUUAAAAACUAUGGGACAGUUAUGCCAGCUGUUGUUACCCACAUUACAUUUGCUCACGAACUUGGUCAUAACUUUGGUUCACCUCAUGAUGGAGGGGUUGAAUGUACACCAGGUGAAUCUCCCAGCAUACAAACAAAGAAACAGGGAAACUUUAUUAUGUACGCUCGUGCAACAUCAGGGAAGGAACCAAACAAUGAUGUUUUUUCUGGUUGUAGUAUCAGGAAUAUGAGUAGAGUGCUUGAAGCAAAGAUGAGCUGCUUUGUCAGUUCAGACACACCGAGAUGUGGAAACAACUUGAUAGAUGAAGGGGAAGAUUGUGAUUGUGGGUAUAGUGACACUUGUGCUGAUAUUGGUGAUGUGUGUUGCACCCCUGCUGAUGAUGAAAAUAAUGUGGAACGAAGAUGUAAACUUAAAGCUGGUAAAAGUUGCAGCAUAACACAAGGACCCUGUUGUAAUGGAACUACAUGUGAAGCUAAGAAUUCUAAUUAUAGAUGUUCAGAAGAAACCCAAUGUCAACUUGCUCAAGUUUGCAAUUUGAGUAAAGCUGUUUGUCCGAAUGCCACAGCAAAGAGAGAAGCUGAAAUUUGCAAUCAUGGAACACAGAUUUGUGUGCAAGGGACAUGUUCAGGUUCUAUAUGUGCAAAACAUGGUCUGGAAAAGUGUGAAUGCGAGAUACCUCCAGGCUCGAAAAACCGAACCUUACUAUGCCAUACAUGUUGCAAAUUACCUGGAAAUAGUUCAACAUGCAAGAGUACUGGUGAAUAUGCUCAAUUCAACUACAGUGUAAUUCAUGUUUUACCGGGAUCUGCCUGCGAAAAUUACAAUGGUUACUGCGAUGUGUUUUCUAAGUGUCGAAAAGUUGAUGCGGAUGGCCCACUCUCACGACUGAAGAAAGCUAUUUUUAACCCAGCACUGUAUAACACUAUCAGGAACUGGAUUGUGGAAUAUUGGUGGGCAGUGAUGUUGAUGGGGUUGGCAUUAGUAUUACUGAUGGCAGGAUUUAUUAAACUAUGCAGUGUACAUACCCCAAGUAACAACCCAAGGUUACCCAAGCAUAAGCAACUACCAGGGGCUGGUACACUGCGUCGCCGACAGAACCAACGUCAGGUACAACAGAGGCGUCGCCGCCAGCAACAGCAAAGUUCUCGAGAUAGUUACCCCAUGACACACCAUUAAUCACCAACGACACAUUUCUUUUAUAUUGUGCUGUACACAUAAUCUAUCCAGUGUUCUCUAACAUGCGAGAACACUGUGUUUUUUAUUUAUCCUUUACUCUUAUUAUCAACAGGGCUUUAAUACUUUUAUUCUUUGCGGUCAUAAUUGGGGUGAAGUUAAUUUUGUUAAAUAAUAUGUAAAAAAUGAAAAGGAAUUAAAAUGCUUGGAAGGGUAGUUGCUAAGUUCGUUUUAUUAUUCAUUGUGGGUCGUACAAACUGAACAUUCAAUGAUUAUUUCUUUAUUUUCGCUUAUUAAAAUCAUAUUCUGUAGAAACUCCUUACGUAAGUGAUCUUUUUACUGUGUACUGUUAAAUUACGAUACUUUUUAAAAGUGAAACCUUUAUUAGCGUUUAUGUAAUGAAACGACAAAGAGUUAUGGCCACCAACUUUAAUGUUAGUUGUGGCUACAGUUUCCACGAUGUUUAAUACUUUAAAAUCGAUGUAAUAAAACAUUUGUAGUCGUUACA